GUCUUUAUCUCUGCAUCAGUUUCUCCUUCCUAACAAGCAAAAACCCCAAAACGGAUCGAAUCAAAAAUUUCUAUUUUAUAAAUAGAAAGAAAAAAUCUUUCUUUUUCAAUUUCGUUUCGUUUCACCUAACCCAUUGAUUCUCUUUUAACUUUUUUCCUUUCGAUCAUCAUCGCAUUGCAUCUGAGUUUUCCCAAUAGAAACAGAGGAGAGAAAGGAGGCUACUUUUUUUAUUCCGUUGGAGAUGGCGACGAACAUUGGAAUGAUGGACAGUGCUUACUUCGUUGGACGAAACGAGAUUCUGGGCUGGAUCAAUGACCGCCUUCAUCUCAAUCUCUCUCGCAUCGAAGAGGUUGCAUCGGGUGCUGUUCAAUGCCAAAUGUUGGACAUGACCUUUCCUGGAGUUGUGCCUAUGCACAAGGUUAAUUUUGCGGCGAAGAAUGAGUACGAGAUGAUACAAAACUACAAAGUCAUGCAAGAGGUCUUCACCAAACUCAAAAUCACCAAGCCGUUGGAAGUCAACAGGCUUGUCAAAGGUCGACCACUAGACAACUUGGAGUUUCUGCAAUGGCUUAAACGUUUCUGCGAUUCCAUUAAUGGUGGCAUUAUGAACGAGAACUACAAUCCAGUAGAACGAAGAUCAAGAGGUGGCAAAGAGAAAAGCAUCAAGGGAUCUAGUAAGGUCUCAAAGUCAUUGCAAACAAACAAUACACAUCAUACUCCUACAGUCACUGCUUCCAGCAAACCAACUGGUCCAAAGCAAGCAAGAUCACAUGCAAUUGGAGGUGGGAGCAACUCGUCGGCCGAAGUGCAAGCUCUAUCAAAGGAGCUUGAAGAUCUCAAGGUCUCGGUAGAUGUCUUGGAAAAGGAAAGAGAUUUUUACUUCUCUAAGCUCAGGGAUAUAGAGAUACUCUGUCAGACUCCUGAACUUGACGAUCUUCCGAUUGUUGUAGCGGUUAAGAAGAUAUUAUAUGCAACAGAUGCAAAUGAAUCUGCUCUCGAAGAAGCUCAAGAGUGCCUGAUCGAGUCUCUAGGCAUUGAGGUUGAGGAAGAAGAAGAAAACGAAGCAGAAGAAGCAGGGACUCAGACUUAAAAGUUGUGAUUUCUAACAACAACAACAACAAAAACAAGUUUCAAAGUAGAGGACAAUGACUGUACAUUGCCUUGUCUUAGAAGAUAGUGUUUGCACAAUACUCAAGUUACCCUAACCGGUUAUUCGGUUUUAAGUGCAACAUCCCAAACUCUGUUCCUUCCUUAAUUUAAAAGAUGGUCCAAUUUGGUUUUU